GGCCAUCAGCGCGGUUGGGGCCUAUAGAGAGGCUGCACCUCCAGUGACCGGAGAAGUGCUGCACUGACAGCAAUGGCAGUCACGGCUCUGGCGGCGCAGAUGCGGCUGGGCGUGUGGGGCGCGAGGGUCAUGCAAGCCCGAGGCUUCAGCUCCGAUCGGUCAAAGGAUCACGACUCCCCCGCGGGCUCGAUCCGGGAGGCCGGAGGGGCCUUCGGAAAGAGAGAGCAGGCUGAAGAGGAACGAUACUUCCGAAAGCGGACUAGAGAACAACUGGCAGCCUUGAAGAAACACCAUGAAGAUGAGAUCAGUCAUCAUGUAAAGGAGAUUGAACAUCUGCAAAAAGAAAUUGAGCGGCACAAGCAGAGGAUCAAGACGCUAAAAGAUCAUGAUGAUGAUUAAGUGCACACAGUUCCCCGUGGAAUGGCUACAUAUCAUUACCCACUUCUAUGUAGACAGAGUUCUGGUUUAAUGACUAUCUGUGUACUGCCAACAGAUUAUAAUAAAUUGUCGUGUCAUCAAUGAA